UGUACAUGGUCUGGACCUGAAUCCACCAUAAAACUUGAUGUUGUUGUGCUGGAAGGUGAUUUCAACAAUGAAGAUGAUGAGGGUUGGACCGAAGAAGAAUUUGAAAGCCAUGUUGUGAAAGAGCGUGAAGGAAAGAGACCACUUUUGACUGGGGAUCUGCAAGUGACGCUCAAAGAAGGUGUGGGAACCCUGGGAGAGCUUACAUUUACUGAUAACUCAAGUUGGAUAAGGAGCAAGAAGUUCAGGCUUGGCCUGAAGGUCGCCUCAGGCUUUUGUGAGGGCAUACGUGUAGGUGAGGCAAAGACAGAAGCUUUCACUGUUAAAGAUCACAGAGGGGAAUUAUACAAGAAGCACUAUUCACCUGCUUUAAAUGAUGAUGUCUGGAGAUUGGAAAAGAUUGGCAAAGAUGGGUCAUUCCACAAGAGGCUAAAUAAGUCAGGAAUAUUCACGGUUGAAGACUUUGUUCGACUUGUUGUCAGAGACUCUCAAAAACUACGGACUAUCCUUAGCAGUGGUAUGUCAAAUAAGAUGUGGGAUGCUCUCAUAGAACAUGCUAAGACUUGUGCCAUGAGUGGGAAGCUUUAUGUGUAUUAUGCUGAUGAUACAAGAAAUGUUGGUGUUGUCUUUAACAGUAUUUACGAGCUAAGUGGCCUUAUAACUGGUGAACAAUAUUUGUUAUCUGAUUCCCUGUCUGAUAGCCAGAAGUUAUAUGUGGAUACCUUGGUGAAGAAAGCAUAUGAUAACUGGAACCAUGUUGUCAUAUAUGAUGGCAUUUGAAGCUUAAACAGUUUGGCUGGUUGCACUGGAAAAAUCUGAAACCACUUGCUUAUUAGUCCGUCUACCCAUGUACCUAAAAUCAGUUGUUGAAAUCCUCAAUUUUCUCUUGUGCGUUUUGCUGUUCCUCUUGAAAUGGAUACCUCCACAAUAUUCUCAAAUAUUUUAAUUCUAUUAUGAUGUCAGUAGACUUGUGAAAAUGAUAAUGUCCAAUCCAAGAAAUUGGAAUCCUUGCCAUGAUUUAUAUAGGAAAAAAAUGUGUUGUAUGGACUUU